UCUUUCCUAAAAAAAUAUCCCGAGGGAGAGGAGAGAAAAAAAGGCCGUUUCGGAGCUGAUGCGUUUGGCUGAAGGCAGCAGGAGUCACUUCAAGAAGUGGAUUAAGACGCAAACUCCACUACAUGUGCCAGUUUCGUGGCUACUCAGGAAAUAAUCAAGCAUGGAGGACAGGUGACACACACGCGAUGGGACACAGAAGCAGACUGCGCAUUUUUUGGUUUGCUUGGUUCGUUCAGUGCCGGUGGAUAAUAUUUGGAUAAGUUUUGAUUUUUAUCUCCUGAAUAAGAGGAGGACAGGUGACUGCAUUCUGUUUCUAUUUCUCCUUCAGUGCGGGUUGGGCUGACAUUUGGAUUUAUUGAGCUCCCGAGAAGUUUACUGCUACAUUUGAGAAUGAUUUCAAGAAGAAAAGCUUGGGCUGCGAUGUUUGUGCUCCUGAUGAUUCUGAUGAGAGACUUCAGAGUUGAUUCCAUCACAUGUCAUCAAACUGAGUACCAGAUGGGAGAAGAGUGCUGUCCUAUGUGUCCUAUUGGUAAAAGAGUCAAAGCAGACUGCACAGAGUUUGAAAAUACGUUCUGUUCGCCCUGCACAGACGGGACUUUCAUGGACCAGCCAAACGGACUAAAGAGAUGCAAUCCAUGUUCUACCUGUGACUCAGGAGCUGGGCUGAAGGAAAAGCAACAAUGUGUAAUAACUGCAGACACAGUUUGUGAACCAAUGGAGGGAUUCUACUGUACAGACCUUAAAUCAGGAGGUUGUUCUGUAGCACAGAAACACAGGAGCUGUGAACCAGGACAUUACAUCAGCAGGAAUGGAACAGCCUCCACAGACACAGAAUGCUCUGAAUGCAGCAGUGGAUCAUUUUCUGAUGGAACAAUGUUGUCAUGUCAGCCUCACACACAAUGUGAAAAGGAAAACCUUCAUCUGAUAAAAGCAGGAACAGCUUCAACUGAUGCUGAAUGUGGAGGAAAAAGUUCCAACACCACAGGAGUUGUGAUUGGUGUUUUGGUGAUUUUCUUAUUAGUUGCAGCAGCAAUUGUUGUUGUUGUUGUUCUCUGGAAAAAUAAAAAAAUUAAAAUACCAAAUAUUUUUACAAAACGACAAAAACCCCAAAGGGACCAAGCAGAAGAAGAACAGGGAGUCUGUUUAAAUGUACGAGAAACCGCAAACUAAACACCUGGAAGAAAAUGACUGAUUACUGCUAUGGGAUACUGGCAGAAGCAAGUUGGAUCUUUGUUUUUACAGUGAGCAGAAGGAGCAGCUACAGUUCUACACUUUGCUUCUUCCAGAGGGUCUCGGCUCCUGGCUGUUGAGAAAUGAUUGUUUCCUGGAGACGUGGACUCUGUUGAAGUUUUCAAUUUUACUGAAUCACUAACAUUUGCACCAGUUCAGCGCUAAGAAGUUUACUAGAAAUUAUUCUACACUGUAAAAAAAACCCAUCCGUCACUGAUAAGAGAUAAGUGCCAAGCUGAAAGAGGAGGCUGCUGAUGUUUAGUCAGAUCUUGGAAGUGUGACCAACACAGACUGCACGGCUUUGUUCCCUUCCUCCGCUGCAAAUUGCUAAAACUACGGGCAGACUGCAAUUCUAAAACGGCGCCGAAAAUCAGCGUCGUUGUUCGUAUCUUCUCUUUCUGUUUUCUGAUUGGUCCAGUUGAAAUUCUACCAGAGACAAUCCGAGUGAAGGGAAGAAAGCCUCCAGACUGGGCAGUGAGGGAGAUUUAAAUUGAGUGAAAUUGCACAGGAAGGGAAUGGCCAGGCCAAAGCUCACUGUUUAAUGUCAGAGUUAGUGUGACUUUAACCCAGAAUGGAGUUAGGUAAUGUACAACAAACCAGGCCAAAUAAAGAUCCGUCAUUUUAUGCCGUUUUGUAAGAAACGUGAGUACGCUGAACCUCACCAGUGCUUUUAUCUGCAUGUUUUGAGAUCACAUUAACCAACCUCUGAGGCAGCUGUGUUUGCACUGAGAUUAUUUUACAUACAGAUGGAUUUUAUUUAAUCAUUAGCCGUCAUCAGGGAACUUUUGAAGGCAACUAAUUGCACUCAGAAAAAAGGGGACUGAAUACUUUUGCACUUUGCUUUUGAUUUGGAAAAAAAAUAUUUUGAAUCAUGUACAAUUUUCUUUCCGCUUCACAAUUGCAUACCACUUUGUGUAGGUCUUUCACAUUAAAU